AUGUCGCCAGGACCUGCAUCACGCAGGAUAUCCUAUGUAAUCCCACCACCAGUUCAGGAUGUUCAACGUCUUGUCCUUCCAAAGUUUGGCACAGACCGUCAUGGCCAGACUACGCCAAUUAUCUGGCCACUUUCCGGCGAUGGACAAGCUCUCGGUAGCUCCAGAGCAUCUUUAGGGUCUCUAAGUAACCUACAAACGUCGAAUGAAGCGACGACGGUGUCAUUCAAUGGCGCAUCACAUCCACAGCAUAGGCUGGGAAUUUCGUCGUUUGCACUCGAUACUUCAACGCGUCUGACUGGGAGGACAACUCCAGAAGGCAUUCUAUACUCUGGAGGGCGAGAUGGACAGAUUUUGGCCCAUGAAUUGGGCAUCAGCUUGAAGCACAGGUCAUCUCCUUAUGGCGUACACGCCUCUGCGAACGGGAAUGUUAGCAAUUGGGAAGCUCUGACAGGCUGGAGCACUGGAGGUGACGAUGACGAGCACGAAAAACCCGCGAUUCCCACCGAGAUACCGUUUGAGAAUGCGUACGAGAUUGACUCGACAAACGAGAUAGAACUGAAGUUUUCGUUUCGGCAAUCCGUACAAAGCCAUUCCGACUGGGUCAAUGACAUUCUUCUGUGCAACCAUAACCGAACAUUGGUUUCAUGUUCAAACGAUGGCACUGUCAAGGCGUGGAAUCCUCACGAUCCUUCAGGAGCGAUGGACCCCCACGUCCUGGGGCGACAUGCUGACUAUGCACGCUGCCUGACGACCUCGAGUCAUCAGAAUUGGAUUGCUUCCGGUGGCUUUGACAGAACAAUUAAUUUGUGGGAUUUGUCCAGCAAUAAGCAAGAGCCUUUUCGGAUUCUCGUCCCUCCAGAAGCCUCAAAUUCCAAGUCUUCUGUUUAUGCGAUCGCUACGGAUGGAUCUGGCUCCUUUAUAGCAGCCGGAAGUCCCGAAAAGGUCAUUCGACUUUGGGACGCUCGCUCCGCAUCACGUAUAGGAAAAUUGGUAGGCCACACGGACAACAUACGGAGCAUUUUGGUUUCCCAAGAUGGUAGAUACUUGCUAUCUGCUUCUGCAGAUGCGUCGAUCAAACUCUGGUCGUUGGCGUCAGCCAAUCGAUGCAUCCACACAUUUGCUCACCACACCGACUCUGUAUGGUCGAUGUUCUCCAAUCAUCCUGCGCUCUCCGUUUUUUACUCUGGAGAUCGUGCUGGGAACGUCUGUCGCGUUGAUAUGGAUGGUCGCGCUUCUUUGUCCGAGGGAGAAUGUGUCCUGCUCUGUAAAGAGCUUCCGUCCAAUGAUAGCAUUGGGAACGAGGGCAUCAAUAGGAUCCAAGUAUUGGAUGACCAACUCGUCUGGACAGCGACGGCAAGCUCGUCCAUAAACUGUUGGAAGGUUCCAGGAAUACGCUCGAACCGUAUCGAUGGAAUGACAGCAUCCCCCGGAGAUAUUGAAAGCGAGACCUCGCCAAUGGCGCCUCAGGCUGAGUCGGUAUCUCCCUUUGGCUUUUCCAUGGACUCAAUUCAGCCAUCUCUCCUACGUGCGCGACAAAGAGAGUCCUUUAGCACUGAUCGAGAGGGCUGGGUACGGUCAGAAUCGCCAGCGUCAACCUCCGAUGCACCCAUACGACGUGUCGAGUCUCCUCCAUUUGGGAGUUCCCCACGCAAUAUACCGAAAUCAGCCACAAAUCCUGUGGCGAUGGAGCAGUCCUCCAGCGUUGAGCCAUCAGACUCUUCUAUCCACACGGCCACCGGUCAGAACCCUCAAUCUUUACCAGGUCCUCUCCCUUCCAUGUUCGGCAUACCGUACCAAAGUCUCAUUAAGCUCGCUUCUCCUUCAAACGGCUUCACAGCUCCCCUUAUUGGCCGGGCUAAGGAUGCAGACGUAUCGACUCUCUACUCUGCAGCAUCGAUCAAAUCGGUACCGAUUCCGAUGCGACAGCUCACUAUCCGAACGCAACAACAGGCCGACAACUCUGUCAAGACGCACACUCCGCAUGCAUCUCUUGCGAUGCGAUCCGUCAUCCGUCGCUCCAUGAACUCGAUGGACGGGGCUCUCUAUGGUGCCGCUAUAUCUGCCAGCCAAUUUAGCCAACGAAACCCGGCUAUACCGUUGGAAGAAACCGAGGAUGCAGCAAGACUCGCAUAUGAGAGCAGAGACGUUGCUGCAGAUGCCAUCUCAGUCCGAAGUCGACCGGAUUUCACCAUUCAAGGCACCCAAGGCAUUGUGCGCUCUGUGGUUCUCAAUGAUCGAUGGCAUGCGCUCACAGUCAACACUGCUGGACACGUUGGUGUAUGGGACAUUGUCAGAGGAGCCUGCGUCGGUGUCUUUGAGAAAGGCGACGUCGAAGAGGCUACCAGGUCUGACCAUGCUAACAAGUGUACCGACGGGCAAGAAUGGAAAUGGAGCCCACGUGAAGCGUUGGAGGUCGUCAGGGAGAGGAUUGAAGGCGAGGCGGUCGUGCAAGCUUGGUGCACCGUCGAUAGCAGUAUUGGCAACCUCAUGGUUCACGUUGAGAGUCCAAAGGCCUUUGACGCGGAGAUAUUUGCUGAUGAGGCUGGUUACAGCGGUGAAAUCGCCUUUGAAGAAGACCAUAGACUGAAUAUUGGCAAAUGGGUGAUAGGAAACCUCUUUGCACCGUUCGUGGCGCACCAGAAGCUGAUCCAAUCCGAAAUGGACAACUCGACUGGAGAGACAUUAGGUUCACUGCAAUCACCGCCUGGAUUGACGCGAACAUCCAUCACUCGUCCUGGUGGACCAAAGCAACUUGGCUUGGAGGCGCGGCGUAUCCGCUCUAUAUCAGAGAUGGCAGCCUCCCAGCGCACACCAGGUAUCAUGGCCACAUCGACGAUGCCAAAGACACCUGCGCUGUUACCAGACCUGCCGAGUGACGCGCUGACAAAAGUCGCCGCUGCUUUAUCCGACAAUGAGCAAGGAACAAGGACCUCGCCCAAGGACUAUGGUGCAUUGAAGGCAUCUCCAUCUGCCGGUACGCCAGUGGGAAGUCCGACUCCCAAGGGCCGAUCGCGCUCGCAGACAGUGGACGACUCCACAUCCAGUCACAACCAUGACUACUUCUCUGUCAGGCGCCGCGGUAGUGUGAGCGGUGACGCCUCGACUGUACUCAGUCCGCUCUCGAGCGUCGACGCGGUAUCGACGGCAGUAGAGGGCGACAAUGCAAGUACGCCUGGAGCCUCCCUCCCCUCGUCGACGCCUGCAACCUCUCCCGCUCCCAUCACUCCUGGUGGAGGAUUAGGUGCGGCUUCGACUCGUUUCAUGGGCAAAUUCAAAUCCUUCGGUAAACCCAAGAAGCCUGGAGCAACCGAAGCUCAAGACACAACGGCAGCCCCUUCGACAGCCGAGGCUGAAACGGAAAAGACAAAGGCACUAAAGCCUCCCUCCCCAACCGUCUUGCAAACGAUACUAUCACGACCAUUGGAUCUUCCUUUGUUUACGGACGUCCCUCCUAUCGAGGUUAAUCCUAUGACAGGCAUUCUCAUAUCCGAAGCCUCUCCAAAGGCAGCGAGUGGAUGGGCCCCAGUAUACCGUGGUCUCUAUGCCACUCAGCCUCAGAACGAGGACCUUGGUGCACUUGAGAUGGAGCUCCCCGCCUGGAUACUUGAGUUCUUGCUCAACAACAAGGUGGGAGGCGUUGUUGGUGGAGGUAGCCCGGCUGCCGCGCAGAAACUGGGCUUCAUGAUUGUUCCAUGGAAAGGAUCAAAGUCAACACAGGACUUGCCUGACUUAUUGGGGAAAGAAACAAAGCUGACAGCGAGUCGGUUCCUCCGAGUACGCAAGAUUCUUUCCUAUGUCAAGGAAAAAGUAGAAACAAUUGAGAGGUCGGAAAGGCGCCCUGACCAUGAACGAUUCGAGGGUGAUGAGUCCAAUCCGUCGGCACCGCGUUCACCGCAUUCCAAACCUCCGCCAUUGGGGGGUCCAGGGUCCUCGCCUCAACUACCACGACAGCGUCCGAUAUCUUCCUCAUCAUCGCGAAGUGGAGCAUCGGGUCAGCAUCAUGCCAGUGGCUCUAGCCGACAUCGACGUCCAUCGAAAGCCACCAUUGAAGAAGAAGGAACAGGGAGGCGAGCUCAGGAUCUCUAUGAGCUCUUAUGUCAUGAGGCGGUUCUCCCGAACAACAUGACACUUGCGGCAGUGAAGCAGUUCAAGUUCAAGGGCGGCCCCGAGCUGGUGAUGGAGUACCGAAGGAAGAAAUAG